GGUUUGCUGGGGGCGGAGUGGUCACCGGGGAUUUAAAGAGCUGCCACUUCCUUGGGCCCCCAGAGGGCACUGGGAGGUCACAGUGGCAGAGGGACACCCGAACUGAGCCUCUGCCCGCCCCCUGCCUAAGCCAUGCACCUCUGUGGGGGCAGUGGGCUGCUGACCAGGACGGACCCCGAGGAGUGUCAGAGGCUGAAGAAGAAGCAGAAGAACCGCGCAGCCGCCCAGCGCAGCCGGCAGAAGCACACGGACAAGGCGGACGCCCUGCACCAGCAGCACGAGACCCUGGAGAAACACAACCAUCUGCUGCGGAGGGAGAUCCAGGCCCUGCAGGCGGAGCUGGUGUGGUGGAGCCGGACCCUGCAAGCGCAUGAACGCCUGUGCCUCAUGGACUCUGCCACCUGGUUGGCUCCAGUGACCCCUGGCUGCUGGGGCCAGACCGAGCGGCCCCCGGACUCCAUGCUCCAUGGACAACAUGGCUGCCAGGAGCAGCUGGGCCUGUUUCAGACCUCAGUCUCUUCUCCCUCGGCUCACCGGCUCUCUCCAGAUCCACAGCCUCAUAGUUCACCUGGCCUCCCCCUGUCCCCUCUGCCUUCUCUGUCCCUUGACUCCACUCAGGUCACCGCAUCUCCUGCCCAACUGUGCCCCAGCCCUGUCCAGUCAGCCUCGCUCACUGGAUCCAGCCUGCCAAGGCCUUCCUCCAAGCUCGACACCCUCCUGCCCAGUCCCCCAGCCCAGCCCACCCCUCUACAGCCCCUUGUGAUGGAGCACCCCACCAGAGGGAAGCUGGGGUCCUCACCUGACAGCCUCUCAACUGCCCUGGGGCUGGCCUGCCUGCAGGGUGGGGAGUACAAGCCCGCGGCCUUAUCGGCAGCAGAUCAGCAAGGGCUGGGUGUGGAUCCCAGCCCCCACCCAGUCUUGGCUUUCCCCCUGCUCUCCUCUGCUCAAGUCCACUUCUAACCCAUCCCUGAGAGCCGAGCUAGCCCCUUCCUUGGACUGAAGUAGCAACCUCAGCACACUGGCAUCUCCUCCCUUACCAUUGGCGGUUCCCUUUCUUGGCUGACCAGCUGGCCCAGCAUUUCACCAGGAGGAGAACGUCAUCACUGCUGCCCAGCACUGCCAGGCCCUGUCACCGCCAUUAUUGUAUUUCAUCUUCAUGGUCAUUCUGCAAAAUCCAGAUGAUCACACCACUUUUUUAGAUAAGGAGACAGAGGCCAGAGAAGCCAUGUGAUGUGCCCAAGGUCGCACAGACAUUUUGGGGACCUGAAACACCACCAUCUGCUCCUCUUUCUCCUGGUGGGAUCCUGGCCCGGGCACCCUAGGAGCUGAAGUCCUAGAAACUGGGGGCUGGUGUGAGGUUUAUGUGCUGGGAACGGGAAGGAGCUCUUUCUUCUGGUUUGUGGGGGAGCCCUGCAGUUCCUGAAACCUCAACCUAGCUGGGGCUAGUCCAGAGUCCAAGAGGGAUAGGGAGAGGCCAAGCAGGAGCCCAGAAGUGGACUUCUUCUUCCCUAGCAGUGUUUUCAGUGCCAAGGAACUGAACCUGUGGGUUGGAGUUGGGGAGAAGCCUGGAACAGUUCCCCCAGGGAUUUCUGCAGGAGGGGAACCUGUAGCCAUACCAAGACCUCUGGGAGAUUCUCCAGGGUCAGCUCCCCAGGCUAUUCCCAGAUAGCUCCCUGCCUCUCCCAAGCAGGAGCUCAGCUGCAGUAUCUGCUGGGGUAGGGGUUGGGGGGGUGGGUGUGGGUUCUCACUCAGACUCAGGACAAGCUCUGUGAGGGGCCUGAGAUGAGAAACCCCAAUUCUUCACCCAGAUUUUCUUUUUCUUUUUUUUUUUAAGAUUUUAUUUAUUUAUUUGACAGAGAGAUAGACAGAGAGCACAACUAGGCAGAGAGAGACAGGCAGAGGGAGAGGGAGAAGCAGGCUCCCCAACGAGCAGGGAGCCCGAUGUGGGGCUCGAUCCCAGGGCCCUGGGAUCAUGACCUGAGCCAAAGGCAGCCACUUAACUGACUGAGCCACCCAGGCGCCCCAUCUUCACCCAGAUUUUCACGCACAUAUAAACAGACACUAUGCUAGUAUUUAACACACUCCAGGAUGCUGAGCACAAAUCUCGGCACACAUGUUAUGGUAAAUAAAUUAAAAUGUUUUCCAAUUCUUUUUGCGUUGGCCUAUUCUUUAAAGCUCUGAUUGUACUCGGCAUGGUUGAAGCUGAAGGGCCUUUGAAAGAAGAGGUAAUAGUCUAGAGUUUAGGGGUGGGCAAUCCCUCAGGGACCUCCCAAUCUAACCCCCUCCUCAUAUCGAAAAUGAGGAAGCUGAGACCCAGAGACAGGCUGAACUUGCCCAGGACCACACAGCUAAGCCUGGUGUGAUGGUUGCAGGACUGUUGGUGGUGCCAGAGCCAGGGUCACCACAGGUUCAUGGAGAGCAGACCGGUGGGAGGAAAGCCAAGGUGCUUUUGAUUGGAGGCCAGCUGGAGUCUGGAACAAGAGCUGAUAUAAUGCACCAUAGACCAGGACUCAACGAGGAGCGGAGUGUGUGUUUGUGAGGAUAUUGUGGUCUGGCUUGUGUCCAUAUACCCUAAAUAUAGUCAGAUACUGUGCUGUGUUUUACUUGGGUUAACUCCAGGUUAUGCCUCUAAUAUGCCUCCAGUAACUCUGUGAGGUAGGUAUGGAUAUUAUUCCCACUGUUCAGAAGGGGAAACUGAGGCCUGGGAGUGUUAAGUAACCAGCCCAAGGACACAUAACUAGGAAGUGGCACAGACUUGAUGCAACAUUAGGAGCACUUAAACACAGACGAUCCUGCCUUCCACCUACCCCAUAUUCCUCCCAUAAGCCCUGCUUGAAGGGGCUGGCAUGUACUCAUAGAUGUGACCCAAGGAGUUAAAACCCUACCUUGAGCUCAAA